AUGCGUAAGGUCCAGAACGAAGCGGUCGUGAUGCGUUUCCUCGAGGACAUCACCACGACCCCCAUUCCAAAGUCCAUUGCCACUGGCGUCGCUGACGGUGAACUCGAGGGCCAAGGGCCCUAUAUUAUCACGAGCUUCGUCGAUCGUAUCUCGCUAGACGGCGUGCUCCUGGACGAAGAUUGGACCCUGGAGAAAGAUAUCCCGAUUCAGUCGUCGGAACCAUCUACAGGCAGACUUCUAAUGCGAGAGUCUAUGCGAUACGGGGCAUUCUGGCAUAAUCUAGCCAUCCGGGAGAGCUUUCCCCUGGAGGACCUUAUGCCACAUGGCCUGGACGUUGAGCCAUUCCGUGAAGUCGCGUCUCCGGACGGGCCUGAAACGUUCGGCAGGCGAAAAGUGGCUCGACGUGGCGAAUAUGAGGAGCAGAGGGGCCUCAAGAAGCCACGCCUGCAGUACUAA